CCUCUGUUUUCUCGUUUCAUCCUUUCAACUCUCCUCACUUCACACUACACAGAGGCUCUGAGUGUGUGUGUGUCUCUCUAUAUCUACGCUACUCUCCCAACGGAUCUUUUUCGUUCUAGCUGCCUCUUCCUCAGCCUCUCUGUUUCUCUGCUUGUUCGUCACUUAUUUGCUUCUUCUGCUCCUGAAAAACCUUUUAUUUGUCGUAUUUCUCACACCAUAAAACUGCCAGUCUCGUUGGUUUCCUUGUUGGGUAACUUUCUUUUUCCUUGUUCCUUUUGGCCUAAAUUCUCUCUCACGCUAAUUCCUGGGUUUUUGUCCUAGGGUUUUGGAAUCAAAUGUUAUUUAUAUAAUUUCUUUCUGUUUUAGAAGAAGCUGUUUGUUUUUUUUUUUUUUUUUUGAAAUGGGUUUUGGGUUUUCCUUGAAUAUUUAAGAUAUAUUUGUAUAUAUUGACUCUUGGCCUUUUCUCCUUUCUUUUUUAAGCCUCAGAACUUUUCUUAGUUUGUACUUUUCAGGGUUUAGGGUUUUACUACUCUCCCAUUUUUUUCUCAAUUCUCACAUCAAAAAGUGAAUUUUCAGUCUGAAAAUUGCUUCCUAAUUCCAACUCAGUUUUAAACUUUGAAUUGAAUUCAGAUAUGGGAUUCCUCCUGCAAAUUCUGGGUUUUCUUUGAAUUCUCCAAAUUGUGAAAUCCAUUUUCUCUCUUCUAAUUACUAUGUCUUCUCCUUGUUUGAGUGGAGGUAGUAGUAGAACCUAUGGGUUCGAUUUAGAAAUUGUGAAAUCACCAUCAACAUUAACAAGAACUUCACACACUUCUUCUCCAUCUUCUACUCUCUCUGAAUCUAGCAAUUCCCCACUAGCAAUAUCUACAAGAAAACCACGAACUCCUCGAAAACGUCCCAACCAAACCUACAAUGAAGCAGCGGCUCUUCUGUCUACUGCCUACCCAAACAUCUUCUCCACCAAGGACCUCACCGAUAAUCCUCGCAAAUUCACUAAACCUCAUCAGGACACUCUUCUUCUUGACGAAUCCUCCUCAGAAUUACUAUGGCCUUUUAGAGUUUUCAGCGACUCUGACUUUCUUCUUCAUCAACCCAUCGAGAGUGAGAAACCCAGUUUAGUAAAUGAAUCCAAAGUCUCAAAUUUUAUGAUUUCCUGUGACAAUAAGUCUUGCCAGAGUGGAAAUUCCAUGGAAUUCUGUGAUGGGUAUCAGGAAGAUUUCGAUGCUGAAUCAAUUCUCGAUGAGGAAAUCGAGGAGGGAAUCGAUAGUAUAAUGGGAAAUCUAAGUGUAAGCAAUGAAAACGUGGCGAUGAAUCCAAUGGGAUUUCAUUUCGGCGGCAAAUUCCAGCUCGGAUUUGGGAAUGGAAUUAAAAAAGGAGUAAGAGCAUUGAGAAAUGGCGAUGAAGGCAAUUGGUGGAAUUUUCCAAUCGUCGAUAUGCUUCAAAUCUCGCCGAGACUUAACAACAACAACAACAACUUCAAACCUUCAGAUUCGAAGCCGAAGGUAAAGAGGAAUUCGAAUUCCGGCGAGAAAAAGAAGAAGAAGGUAGAGAAACCGGCUGUGGAAUUGAAGAAUUCGGAAUUGGCCAAGGAGGAGAAAUCAAUUCCGCAGCUGAAUUCUGGUUUGUUAUUGAAAUUGAACUACGACAGCGUUUUGGACGUUUGGUCAGACCGCGGAUCUCCGUUUACGGACGAUAUAUCGGGAUCCGAAGGAAACGACGUCGCUGCCAGAUUGGCGCAGAUAGAUUUAUUUUCAGAAAAUGGAGUAAGAGAGGCUAGCGUACUACGCUACAAGGAAAAGAGACGUACACGUCUUUUCUCUAAGAAGAUCAGAUAUCAAGUUAGAAAAGUCAAUGCUGAUCAACGGCCUAGAAUGAAGGGGCGAUUUGUGAGAAGGCUAAAUUCAAGUGCAACUAGUCAAGGAAGAGAAGAAUAAUAUUAUGUUUUAAGUGGAAAAAAUCGCUACUUUUAUCUCUUUUAUUUUGUUGUUUAAUUAGUUUUGUACUCUCUCACACUAUAAAAAUAAGGGGUGAUGACUAAUUUAAAAGAGAACGAUAGAGAAAUAUGCCAACAAGUUUUUGCAUUGGUUUACAUUUUCUCUAUAAUGUUUUCUCUUUGUUUUCUAGUCUUAGGAACGAUGCCUCUCUUUUUUUCCUC